AUGUGCGAUAGCAAGAUCAAGGACUGGGUUUCCCUCGUGGCAAAGCGCCAAAACAUCGCAGAUUUUGCGUACGAAAUUUGCGGUAAAAGCGGCAAAGCCGAGGGCUACAUCGGUGACAUAACUUUCGUCACAAUAACAGGCCCCAAGACCUUGGAAAUCGUGAUCAAAUCGUCGAAAGACAGCCCAACACUGCGAGCGCAAACGCCGAUGAAACUGACCUUCGAGAAAGAAAUCUUCGUCUACGACCAAGUCUUGCCCACAUUUCGCCAACUCCAAAAACCCGGCGAGAAUUUGCUCGAUUUCAUGCCGGUUUGCUACUUUACCCACAGUGAGAGUUCGGGGGAAGUCCUGGUUUUGGACAAUUUGAAAAAACAAGGGUUUGAAACAAGCGAUCGCACCAAAGUUUUGACUUCCGAGCACGUCCACCUCGUGCUGGAGGCUUACGGCAAAUGGCACGCGUUUUCCUACGCCCUGAGGGAGCGAAAUGGGCCAGCGUUUGCCAAACUGGCCCAAAACAACAUAAACAUGUUUAGCUACUUUAUCCUUGAGGUGAAUUUAGCCGGGAACAUGUGGCAGGACUACGACGAGGCCAAAAACGCGUGUUUUGCCCAAAGUGGCGAAAUUUUGCAAAAACUGGACGUCACGAAACAGGACGCUGAGCGAAUUUUCACCGAGCUUUUUGACCAAGACCCGGAUUUUCGGGUCAUAGUUCAUGGGGAUUGCUGGAACAACAAUUUCAUGUUCAAAGUAGAAGAGGAUAAUAAACCAGUGGGUGUGAAAAUUUUGGACUGGCAGUGUUCAGGCUUGGCGUCGCCUGUGAUGGACCUCUCGCACUUUAUCUACGGGUGUUGUGACACUGAGAAGCACCCAGAUGUCGACGAGUUUUUGGAAAUUUAUCACCGCAGUUUGAGUUCGUGUUUGAUGAGUUUGGGGUGUAGUCCGAAAGUUUUUCCUUUUGAAAAGUUGAAGGAACAUUGGAGGAAGUUCUCGCGUUAUGGGCUUUUUCUGCAGCCUUGGGUCAUAAAGUACUCGAUUUGUGACUCAAACGAGGCGCCAGAUUUUGUCGAAGCUGCCGAAGGUGGUAAAGAGUUUUUGGAUAAUUUCAACAUCAGGAUUUCGGACAAGGACGAGUUUUAUCGAAGGGUCAAGAGCAAUUUUUUGCACUACCUACGCAAUUUGGAUUAACUGUGUGACUUUUGUAACAAAUAAAAAAUCCCCAGCUA